CAUCUAGCUGUGUUGAAAUAAGAAGCUACUUUUACACCCGAACUCGGCUGCGCCAUUUUGGUAGUGAUGAUCCCAAGUCGAAAGUGUGAAAAAUAACCUUUGUUCUUGUAAAAUCGGCGCCAAAACUCGGACUAGAAACUGAAGGAAAAGGAUGGAUCUGGGAGAUUCCAACUCGUCCCAGGGCCUCCUGCCGAACUCCGGCUCCUCCACGGCUCUCCAUACCGGCCUGCUCAACUUCGAGGGCAUCGAUGACGAGGUUUCCAAGGAGAGCAACGACCUCACAGUAGAUGCCAGUUUCACAGGGGAUGGAUCAAAUUUCUCCGGCCGUGGCCAAACACUGAGUAAUCCUGAGUAUGUUACAGACCUCUCACAAGUUGAACUGUUACAGAAUGAGGGAGGUGCAGACAACACUGGCACAGCAGCACAAGAGGGGCAGAAAGAAGAGCAACCACCACCAGUGAAAAAGAAGGGCGGCUGGCCAAAAGGGAAAAAGAGAAAACGAGUUACAAAGGAUGUCAACGCGCCUAAGGCCCCGCUUACCGGCUAUGUCCGUUUCCUGAACGAGAGGCGAGAGAAGAUGCGCCAGGACAACCCCAACGUGCCGUUUCCCGAAAUAACCAGGAUGUUGGGUAACGAGUGGAGCAAACUGGCGCCACAUGAGAAACAGCAAUACUUAGACGAGGCAGAAAAAGACAAGGAGAGAUACAUGAAGGAGUUAGAAGAAUACCAACAGACAGAGGCUUACAAACUCUUCCAGAAAAAACAGCAAGAGAAGAAAAAGAAAGACGAUGACCCGAGCACAGUUAACGGAGAACAGGAGGACAAGGAAGAUGAGGUCCCCACGUUUGACGUUCCGAUUUUUACAGAGGAGUUUUUGGAUCACAAUAAAGCGAGAGAAGUAGAGUUGAGACAGCUGAGGAAGUCCAACACAGAGUACGAGGAACAGAACGCCAUCCUGCAGAAGCACAUAGAGAACAUGAAGACAGCUAUAGAGAAGCUGGAGGUGGAGGCCAUGCAGCAGAAAAACAACAACCUGGCUCUACAGCAGCACCUGGACGCCCUGAGGAACACACUGUAUCAAAACUUCAGUAGCUUACCGCUACCAGGUAUGGCCUCUUUUUCUUCAGGGAGCGGGGAAGUUCCAACGCUGGAGACCAUCGACGGCUACAUGGCCAAACUUCACAACAUGAUUCUAGAGAACCCACAACAACACGAAAGUCUCAUCCAGCAAGUACGGGAGGUGGUGGGGCGGCUAGACUAUCAGGGGGAGAAACUAUAGCAAGCAGCACCUGGGACAGCAGAAGGGGUGCAGACGUGGGAAAUACUGCUCACAAACUUUGUCAAGGACCAAAAUAAGGAAUAUCCGAUGCACUGUGGAUGGAGAAAGACAGUUGUUACAAAUUCAAGUGCAUUUGACACUAAGUUUCAAAUGGGGAAAAGGGCAACAUUCUAUCAAAGAUUUGACGAACAAAAGUUUUUUUUCAAUAAAAAAGCUCUCUCUACUUUGUAAGGUUUG